CGGCCGACCUGUACGAUACAGUUGAUCCGUGGUCAUCUAGCAGGAUAGAGGGACACAUUUGAAAACGCGCGUAGUCGAUCUCUUUAUUCUUUCUUUUCCUCCUUUCUUCCUAAGAGCCGGACGUGACAACAACAACAACAACAACGACGCCUCAAAGUUACCAUGAGCUUUAAAAAAUCGCAUUAUCAGAAUUCUCUGACAAACAACUCGGAAACAAAGAUGCAAAUAUCUAUAUAGUUUUGUUCAAAUUGACACAAUUAACGUGACUCAGUCGUUCAACGAGGAUUCAGUCGUCCAAAUGCUGAAACAAAUACGCAAGUUUACGAUAAAUUAAUGACGUUUCUGCAAGCAAUGUCACGGGCAUCCUGACAGACGAUCGCUAUUUCAUUUACUUAAAGACCCGUCAAGGAAUUUUGUGCUUUUUUUUUAUCUGUCAGGAAAUCAAGAAGAUCAUCGAUUGCCGGAAGAGGAGAAAAUUUUCGCUAAUUCUGGCAAUCUGCUCCAAAGAUCCGCCUAAAUCGCCUAUUAUGUGGAACCGAUGAAUUUCGUUUCAAAUUUUUUAUAAACACUGUAUACAUCGUAAAUCUUUUUCUGUGAACAUUUGUGAAAUAAACAUACGGAGCAUAAUGCAUCCGCCGCUUGUAACUUUGCUCAUAUUCUCCGCAAUCUAUGUAUACGCCGAAGAAAUACCUACCAUUCCGGAAGAAGAAUCAGUUCUACGAGUACGAAGCUUACCAAUGACAAUUAAUGUGGUUGAGAAAAACUGGACUAGCCUGUCGGAGAUGCUGGAUAUUUUUAGUGCGCGUAAUUUAGUAAAAAAUUGGAUCGAAGAAAAAUAUCCCAUCGGAGUACAAUGUAGCAAAGACAUUACAACGUACGUAAAUGCUUUGAAAAAUGAAGAACUGUGGGCUCUUAAAGUUGAUGAUGCAUCCGGUAGAUUCACAAAUGGAUUUUUCUGGGGUAAUUCUUAUUUUACGGGAUCAGCCACUGAAUGUGAAUAUAUCGGAAAAAAUCCAUCAUAUACAUAUUUUAAAAACGUACAAGAUUCCAAAGUUAGUAUGUUUGAGGAAGUUCGUGAAUUUAAUACAGAACCACGAAAAAGAAUCAAUACAGGUCUUAGCGGAGCUGAUUCUUGGAUGGAAACAAAUACCGUUGAAAUACCUUUUCAGUUAGGAUUUUAUAUGCUAAAACUUUCUAUAAAUAUAUCUUAUACACCAACAAGACUGAUUCACCUAGGUGUUUGCUUGCCAUUCUCGUGUACUGCCUCUGAUGUUGCUGUUAUCGGAAAAUUAGCUGCUGGCGAAUUUGCAACCAAACAUUUAACAAUUGAAAAAGUUAGAGACCAACACAAAUCAUAUGAUAUGUACACAGAUCCGGUUUUCUGGAUUCUAUUCGGUGUUAGCGUGGUGGUCCUGAUACUGUUGAUCAUCGGCACUGGAUACGAUUAUCAUCUUACGAAAAAGUUAGCACGCAAGAAAAAUGUAAUCUAUGAUUUGGAGAAGCAUGGAAAACUUGAUCAUCUUACUAAUGGAGAUCCAAAGGUUAUAAAUGAUGUUCAAGGUAAGGUCUACCUUCCUGUUCCAGUGGCAGAUUCUAGUAGCAACGGUACGCAGUCGGUUAAUAAUAACAACAGUGAGAAUGAUUUGCAAUCGUCUACCAAAGAAGAACAAAAUCUUAGUAUCUUCGAAGAACUUCUUCUUUCUUUUUCCGUUUCCGCUAAUAUGAAGAUUAUUUGCGACCGUAAUGUAGGCAGAGACACAAUUAGCACCGUGCACGGGCUUAGAGCAAUUUCGAUGGCCUGGGUCAUUCUCGGUCAUACGUGCAUUAUCGUUUUUAAAUACUCGGACAAUAUGGAAUAUCGCAAAGUAGUGGAAAAGCGAUUUCUCUUUCAGACCAUCACAAAUGGAGCUUUCAGCGUUGAUACAUUUUUCUUUAUGGGUGGUUUGCUCGUUAGCUUCCUAUAUUUCAGAACUAAUGCGAAGGGAGAUCUGAAGAGGCUCACGCAGGGUACACGAGGCUUUGCUGCAGGCACCUUAAAAUUCAUCGGGCUCCUUUUGUACCGAUUUUGUAGGCUCACCACGCCGUACAUGUUCGUGCUGGGUGUAGUGGAGAUUUCGAUGAAAUAUUUCUACACAAAUUCUGUUUUUGAGCCUCCUACGGCUGAUCAUUAUAACUGUCCCAAUUAUUGGUGGAGAAAUUUGCUCUAUAUCAAUACUUGGUUUCCUGUCGAGCAAAUGUGUAUGCUUUGGAGUUGGUAUUUAGCGGACGAUACGCAGUUUUACAUUGUGGGGGGAGUAAUUUUAAUAUUGGCUACGAAUCACUUCAAAAUCGCAGCUUUCGCAUUAGUCAGUCUACUAAUAAGCUCAUGGGCAACUACCGGUUAUAUCGCUCUAGUUAAUAAUCACAUGCCAAGCUUGGACGAUCCGUUGGCUCUCUUCGAUAAGAUCUACGACAAGCCAUGGACAAGAUUGGGUCCUUAUCUGAUCGGCAUGACCGUCGGCUACUUUCUCUUCAAGACUGAUUGUAAAGUGAAAAUGUCUAAGACUACCGUCGUCGUGGGAUGGCUCUUGUCUUCCGCGUGUCUCUUAAGUUUGCUCUAUGGUCUAUACGAAACAGAACUUGCACCUGUUACUGCAGCUGCAUAUUCAUCUUUGAGUCAUAGCGCGUGGGCGCUAGGUCUAGCAUGGAUCGUAAUAGCGUGUAGUACUGGCUACGGUGGAUAUGUAAAUAAGAUUCUAUCGUGGCCGCUCUUGUAUCCGUUCAGUAGAGUGACUUAUUGCUCUUAUCUAGUUCAUCCGCUUGUGAUUCGUCUAACAGCAAUGAAUCUAGACUCUCCAUUUCAUCUAGGAAAGGAUGUAAUGAUGAUAACUUUUCUGGGGCAGCUGAUGUUGUCAUAUGCGUUGUCCUUUGUAGUAUCAAUUGCCUUUGAAGCACCGGUGGUCAGUAUGCUAAAGAUUGUCUCACCGAAGAAACGGAAACGUAUACAAUAGAAAUUAAAGUAUAUUUAACGCACGUCAUACACCCGUAUAAUUGUUUAUACGAUAUUAUUUACACAUUAUGUAUAAAUUUCAUAAUCUACGAAGAACAAUAAUAAAUCGCGAACACAUUAUUCCAUAUACGCAUACGUAUUUUAAUAUCAUGUAUUUGAUUUCUUUCAAAUAUGUAACAAUGUAGACUUCUUUGUGUAUCGCUAGGUGUAAAAUAAAUUAUUUCCCUCUUUGUAUAUAUAAAUUCUAAUAUCGAUAAUGUUAAAAAAGUUUUAUUAAUAAAAAGAAUUGCUCCAAAAAGAAGACUAAAUAUAUACAAUAACGUCGACUUAUUUGUACUAAAUGCAAAAACAAUGAACAAAGUUUAUUCUUUUGUAAUAAUCAAUAUCUUUUUUGAUUGUAAUCAACAUCUUUUCUUUUGUUGAAUAAAAUACAAAA